AUGGUGGGAGUUGACAUCCGCCACAACAAGGAUCGAAAGGUUCAGCGCAAGGAGCCCAAGAGCCAGGAUGUCUACCUGAGGCUAUUGGUCAAGCUGUACAGGUUUCUGGCCAGACGAACCAACUCCACAUUCAACCAGGUUGUGCUGAAGAGGUUUAUGAGUCGUACCAACCGGCCACCUCUGUCCCUUUCCCGGAUGAUCCGGAAGAUGAAGCUUCCUGGCCGGGAAAACAAAACGGCCGUGAUUGUGGGGACCAUAACAGAUGACGUGCGGGUUCAGGAGGUGCCCAAACUGAAGGUGUGUGUGCUGAGUGUGAACAACUUGGCCCGCAGCCGCGUCCUCAGGGCAGGGGGCAAGAUCCUCACUUUCGACCAGCUGGCCUUGGACUCCCCCAAGGGCUGCGGCACCUUGCUGCCCUCCGGUCCUCGCAAGGGCCAAAAGGUGAACCGGCAUUUCGCCAAGGCCCAGGGAACCCCGCACAGCCACACCAAACCCUACGUCCACUCCAAGGGCCGGAAGUUCGAGCGCGCCAGAGGCCGACAGGCCAGCUUAGGCUACAAAAACUAACCCUGGAUCCUACUCUCUUAUUAAAACGAUUUUGGAUGCAAAAAAAGAAAAGAAAAGAAAAUGUGCACAUUGACAUUACAGUCGGGGGGUGAGAAAAAGUCUCUUAAGUAGCAUUUCACAUGAAGUUCCUCAUUGUUGGUUUACUCCAAAUGUCAAACUUCACGGUACAUCAGAAUUGGCUGGGGGGCUUAAUAAAACACAGAUUUAUG